GGGUUGUGGGUUGGGCGGAGUCUCGGGGGCGGCGCUGCAGGGGACUCAGGGACGAAGCCAGCGUUGUACGCCGCAACUUUCACUGGAGCACCAACGUCGAGGACGCAAUGUCGGGGCUCUCUCGUCCGCUCCUUUGGGCUGCCGCUUGCCUCGCAGCGCUCUGUGUGCUGUCCGCGGCUGACAACAGGACCGUCACUCCGACCGUGAUUGAACCCGCGAUCUCAACGCCCACGGCCAAGACUUUCCCGACGACCCCUUCGACGCCCCCUCCGACCACCACUCUAGCACCAGUUAUCUGUGAAAACUACAAUACCUGCUUAUCCUGUGUCAAUGCUAAUACCACCUGCUUCUGGAUAGAAUGUAAAGAAGAUAAGAGCUACUGUUCACAUAAUUCGACAGUUAGUGAUUGCCAUGUGAUGAACAGCACAGACUCCUGUUCUGCUCCUACUGCCCCUCCGUUGCCAACCAAUUCUACAGCUAAAACCACAACUCAGCCUGCCUCUCCUACAACUUCCCCUACAGUGACUACAUCAGGUACAACAAAUACCACUUUGACUCCAACCUCACAACCUGCACGGAAGUCGACCUUUGAUGCAGCCAGUUUUAUUGGAGGAAUUGUCCUUGUCUUGGGUGUUCAGGCUGUAAUUUUCUUUCUCUAUAAAUUCUGCAAAUCUAAAGAACGAAAUUACCACACUCUGUAAAACAUCAUCAAAUUAACACAGACUGGUGGUUCAUUUGAAUAAUUCAUUGAAACAAAAAUACUAUCUUUCAAGAUGUCCCACAUGGAAGACGCUAUCUAGGAUCUUUAAAUUUCCAAAGGAUGCAUAUAGGAUAAUUUGGAGCAUCGUCCUUGAAAAAUCAGUUAAAUCAUUUUGCUCAACGGGAAUAUUUAUUCUGCAUGAAUCCUUAUGGCUGUCUUCUUUUAUUUUAAAUGGCUGCUGUUGUGGGAUUAUGUUCUCUCUUCUUGACAUGCCAAAUGUAACUUUUUGUAAGUGAUGGAAAAUAUUGUCCUGAGCAGACAACCUCAUGACUCUUGGCAGUUUAAAUUUAGUCAUUUUAAAGCUUGAAAGCUGCCUUACUUUCAUCCUAACUCAGGAUAUAGUUUAGUGACCAGAAUUGAGAAGAAUGUGCCAAAUGAGCAUUAAUCAGGUGGAUUUUUGGCUAUCGUUUAAAACAUGGAAUAAAUGUAUAAAUUUAAUAAUACUAAACUGUAUCCUUAGAGUAAACUCUGUGCUUGAUAAGUUAUUUUUCUACAUUAGAAAUAAGAUGCCACACAGGGAAUUACAUUCCAGAUUUAAAGAAAUGAAGGGAUACAACCAUAUAGCAGGUUAUUAUUCAUACUUGUAAAGCACCUUAUGUCAUUGAGAAAAUAAAGAACAGUGCCUUAAAAGACAGACUGAAAGGUAGACUGUAACUUUAACUGUUUGUGAUUUGUUCUUUCACAUUAAGGAAGGUAAAAGGUUGGUUCUGAGGAUGUAACUGUUGAUGUGAGCAGUAGUAAACUUGCUUUUAGAUACUAUACUGUUGAUAUUUAGUUGAAAACUUGUCUGCUUUACUUUAGAGCUGAAUAACUUAACCUAAAGGAUGAUACAAAUUUGAAAGCAUUCAGGUAUUAAACCUCCCAACAUUUUUCUUAAUGGCUAUUAAGAAAGCAUUAUUAGAGAUAUAACUGGUUUAAUUAUAUUUUCCUUUGUACUUCAAAAAAAGUAUCGUAACACUGUACCUCGAAAGGAUUUCCACCAAGCUUUCUUGCAAAGUAACUUUCACAAGGCAAGAAGGAUAUACGUUUUCAGAAUCAUUUACUGACUCUAAAUGAGACAAUCAUUUUAAGUUUUCACGCAACAAAUAUGACCAAUGUGAAUUUAGAAAAUCUAAGAAUUUGGGGUUGAUCAGAUUACUGUAGAUCUUUAAUAUUAUUGUUUUAUGACUACGCUUGUAUGACUAGGUUGAGCUUUAUUUAUCCUUCUCUCCCUUCCUUUCUUGUUGGUUUAAAUUCCCAUAGUGUGAUGAGCAUGCAUACUUUUACUUCUGUAGUUUUCUCGUGAAGCACUAGUUUUUUCAAUUUAGAAAAAAAUUUGAAAGGGUACCUUCUCCCCUGCCUUUGACAUAUUGGAUUAGUUCAGAGGCUUAAAUUAGUUAAAAUGUUUUUCUAGAUUACCAUUAAAGUUUUUUCAUUUUAGUUUAUUUAGCUAUAGUGGCUGAGUUUAGCACUUGGUUUUCAAUGUCUUAUAAUAGGAAAGACAAAUUGCUUUGGUCCAUUUCAUAAACUGAAACUCUUUGCAUUUAUUUAGAUAAUUAUAUUAAAGGCUCUUAAAAUGAAGAUUUACUGUUUUUCUGUUACUUGUUGGUACUGCUAAAGUUUGUUUUACUUGCACAUUUGUACAUACACCUAGUAUUUUCAAGUGCCUUACUUGUUUAAAAUCCCUGGCUUCAAAGGUUUUUGGGAAAAGAUAGGUCAGUUUACCUCACACUUUGUGUUUCCCUCACAUUUUGUGUUUCCAUUAGUAGUAAUAUUCUAGGUACCUCACAAAAUUUAUUAUGGUGCCAUGGCUGUUAGUUUUUAAUAAGUGCUAUAAGCUAUAAAAUGCAUUUGGAAAUAUACAGAAUUUCCAUUCCAUCCCAAAUGGGCAAAAAUUAGCUGCAGUGGUAUAAUUGUCAUUUAUCUGGAUAAUGAAUACCUUGCCAUACAUUAAUAUCAACACAAGUAGUAAAUUUUGUGCAAAUGUAGCUUGAUUUGACACCUUUCACCUUCUAUAAUUUUGAGCACCACUCUAACAAAAAGUGUUAUAUUUUGCAAAUCUACAGAGCAGCUCUUGCAACAGAACUCAACAGCCUUUCAGUCCCAUUUCCCUCCUCCUCUUAGCAAUUUAAUAUCUUGAGCCAUUAAUAAUUUUUUGGGUUUUUGUAAUCCAGAAGGUAUGUAGAAACCUUUUCAGAUUUUUCAUCUGAUUUGUUCUUGCAGAUGUAGUUCUAUCAGCUACCUUAUCUUAUCUUAUGGAUAUUUGUUGCACAGGUAGACACUGCUGUAUUUAGAAAUUUCUAUUUCAGUUUACUCAGACGGCAAAACCAAUCUGUAUGAUGUACCAAACUGAUUUGAAAUAAAUUUACAUGUUUAUCAAAUUAA